AUGGUCACUCCCAAGUCCGAUCAACGGACACAUCAACCGCCAACCUCGCAGAUCUCCUUGCUAGACAAGGGAGAUGGAGGGGACAACGGUCGCAAACCACGUCAAUGGUGGAACUCCCGGGCCCUACGCCGUCUGGUCUUCCGAUUUCAAUAUUCACGCCUCCGCCCCUACACCUCGAAAGGAAAAGGUCUCCUACAAAGGGCAGCGCAUCUGAUUUCCAUCGAUAAAAUCCCGCUUCCCUUCCUCAAAGCUGCGCCCGACCCCGGCCAAAAAUGGGUUAAAGGUGUUCUGCUAUGCAUGUGGGGAACCGGCACAAUUCUCGUUCUCAACGUGAUACUCGUCAUUAUUGCGAUGGGCAUCGCGUACUCGAGAGGCCCCGAUUCCGACAAGCACUUCGACUAUGCGGAGCUAUAUCGCGGGAGCUGUUCUAUGGCAAAUGGCUGGACAACCGGCAUGCAUCUGGUCAUUAACGCCCUAAGCACAGGUCUUCUCGCUGCGAGCAACUAUUCCAUGCAGUGUCUCAGCGCCCCGACGAGGGAGGAUGUUCGUUGUGCCCACGCACGCCACAGUUGGCUUGAUAUUGGGGCUUUUAGUAUUAGGAAUCUCCGGGCCAUGGACACCAAACGAAAAGCCCUCUGGGGGGUUCUGUUAAUAAGUUCCAUCCCGAUCCAUAUGAUGUACAACUCCGCCGUUUUCCCUUCGAUUACUACAAAACAGUAUGGGGUCGUGAUUGUUCCAGAUGAUCUCGGGGGGAGUGAGGCCCUGACCAAAGAUAAUUAUGAAACCGCUGUGUUUCUGCAGCAGGUGGGUGAAGAUCCCGGACGUGUGCAUGCGGACUAUCGAGAUGGGGCUUUCAAACAGCAUCGCCUCUCGGAAUGUUUUAAGCAGUACAAUACUGAGUACAACACGAAAAAAAGUACCCUCUUAUUCGUGGCAGACCGGAAGUACUUCGAUGGGUCUUCUAGCCUCAGCGAGUGGGAAACUCUCAUUGCGGCGAAUGGGGCAGGUUCUUCGAUAGACCGAUUGGCAGAAUACUGGCAAACAGACGAUACCGUCGUGGUAGAUACAGGACAUUGGAAUUACCCGGACUGGUCAUUCGCAGACCCGAUGGCAGGGAAGACAGAUAAUAGUACAUGGCAGGACUACGGGCCAUUUUAUCAAUCGCGCCUCGGCCUGCAUGACGAUUCCAAAGAAGACAUCAAGAAGCUCUACACAUACAUACUCUGCCACAAUCCUGGACAUCAACGCCUGGAAGACUAUAUGAAAGAUGGUACCAACUGGAACAACGUCUCAUGGAUUCAACAAAUCGGUGUUCAGAUGGAUGGUCCUGCCAAUGGCAAUAGUCUAGCACACUCAAUGGAUUACCUUCUAUCGCCCUGCGGAACGAGGGUUCAUGCGUGUUUUAGCAAAGACACUGCAGAACAAUGUCAGCUAUACUUCAGCCUGCCAAUAUGUCUUGCGGUCAUUGUAUGCAAUAUUAUCAAAGUGAUAUGCAUGUAUCUGACUGCGCAGACCGAUCGCACAGAAAUCCUUCUCACUGUUGGAGACGCGCUGGCUUCCUUCCUUGACACGCCAGAGCGAAUGACAAAAGGCCGCUGCUUGCUAUCCCGACGUGAUAUGAUGGGAGGCGACUCCCCGUGGUGUCCUGGUGCCUACUAUUCGAAGAACAUGGCUUACCCAUCCAUCCAACAAAACGGUUACCUGUUCCGUCACCUACCCUCUCAGUCACCUGGAUCGGAGGGUCGACAACGCAAGAGGUAUCCAGAACAUCUCCCUGGAAUGGGGCGAUGGGGUCCGUCGGCCGGCUUGGGACCCUGGAUAUGGUCUCUGAGUCUAUUCUUCAGCUGCCUAGGUACAUCUAUCGGACUUUACAUUGCGGGUGUAGCGCGGGCUAGGCCUCGUGGAAUGGAUACUUCCAUGUCCAACAUUUGGAGCUUAGAAAUGGGGAAACCAACCGGCACAACGAUCAUCGUCCGUGGACGGGAGAUUAUUGCUCUCGUGCUCCUGGUCAAUUCCCCACAACUCGUAUACUCUACGUUAUACUUCCUUUCCAACGGCCUCCUCACGAACAUGCUAUUAGCAGCGGAAUACAACGACUACGCAACCGAGCGGAAGCCCCUCCGCGUCUCCUGGCCCUUGGGCCAGCAACGAUCGACCUACUACAUUAGUCUUCCAUAUCGCUAUGGCGUUCCUCUGAUCGUUGUAUCGAUUGUGCUGCAUUGGCUUUUAUCUCAGAGCCUCUUCCUGGUGAAGAUUAAUAAUUUGGAUGUGCAUGGGAACAGAACAGAGUAUGGGUCUGAAACGGCCUGCAGCUUCUCGUUAAAGGCGAUGUUCUUGACGAUCUUGGUUGGCACGCUGGCAAUGGCCAUACUGAUUGGGCUGGGAUUUCGUCGUCUUCGAUCAGAUAUGCCAGUGGCUUCGUCUUGUAGCGCUGCGAUCAGCGCUGCUUGUCACCCUCCACCCGGGGAUACAGAUGCAUCACUGAAACCGGUUAAAUGGGGGCAGAUUAUUAACGCACAAGCGCGGUCGCAGGGGACUAAUGACGGAUUAUGUGAUGAGGACAUAUUCAAUGAUGAAGGACUUUCCAUGGAUGGAGAUUACCCCCAUUGCAGUUUUACGUCUCAAGAAGUCAUGAAACCAAAUUGUAAUACUCGUUAUUGUUGA